UAUCCCGAUGAUGCCAGAAUUGUUCCCCAACGUGGAAGCAGCCGUGGCCAACCAGACUCUGGUGGUCAGGAACGUAGACGACGACGGCAAUCUAAUGGCGCCUGCCGGGUUCUCCACCCGACUUUCCCGAUGUCUGGUCUGCAACACGCAACACGUUUUUCAAAACCUGGAGGCUCACGGGACGGACGCUGAACAUUACCACGACACACUGGUGACAAUGACAAUCUCAGAUGUGCAGUUCAUCGCGUUCAAGGAGGAUGAGACGACCCAUAUUUCUGACAGUGGGGAAUGUAACAAAUGUGUGAUGGACAUCGCAGAGGCCCCGGAAGACCGUUUUUUCGUCACCGGGUCUGCCGGAGAGGUCUGCAUUAUUCUGGACGUGGCCGCUAAGUUCGUUAUCCCGUAUAAAAUGUAUGAUAACUCGACUGGACACGGAAUGUUCAAUCUCCCGACACAAAAUGAGACCACAGUAAGCGGUCAGUGCGACGAGAGGCGACAGACUGUCUCCGUGACGUUUUUCGAGGACUGGGUGUUGAGCGCCUCCUUUGAGAAGGAUGAUAUGACGUCAUCGGGGAAUUACAACGUCAGCGAUUUGUCACUGACCUUCACCUACAGUGAUGAAAGAUUCGUGGAUCCCCAUCCGAGUAUUGUCGACACCACAGCCACUGUCCAUCUGUCCAUGGGGAACCAGACCACUCUUGACCCAUUCCAGGCGGCCUUGGGACAGUACUUUAAGUGCCAGAAAGAACAGACGCUACUUCUGGCGGACGAGAAUGGCAACGGCGCUCGGCUGGACACUUAUAAAUUCGACUUCCAGGCGUUUAAAGAGACUAAUGAUAACGAUUUUUCCGAUGCACAAAACUUUCAUGAAUGCUCUAGCGGCGGCGGUGGCGGCAGCGGUGGGGCUGAGAAUGGAGAUAGUAAUGCAAUAGUGCACGUCGUAAUCGCUUUGGUCGUAGGCCUUGCUGCUCUCCUCCUUCUCGCUGUGUUCCUGAUCAAACGCCAGAGAGCCAGGUCGUCGUAUCAAUCCAUGUGAUAAACUUUCAGAUUUUGGAAUGUUUUGGCGUUCAGUUUUCAACCACAUCUAACCGGAAAUGUCCGAUUAAAAGCGAAGAAACAGCCAAUUUCAUAAGAAGUGUUUUGGAUAGCGGGAUGGCCUUUUGGGGCAUAGGUAGAAGUAAACCUUGAAGAAGGCGGUGAGCACGUGAUUAAAUGGCUAUGAAGAAAAAAAAACAGAAAUAAACCAGCCAGAAAAAUAAACAAAUAAAAGCAUGAUUAAGAAGAAACAGCCCAUUGGAGUAAUUGGAUUAGAUCGUAAGUUUUGGGAUCUCCCCAAAAUAUAAUGUAUAUAGGACGUUAACCAGUUACAAAUACUUGUGACAUGGUUCUUGUAUUUAUCAAAUUGUUCGUUUACCUUAUUAUAUUAUAUUUAUUCAUGUUUUGCGGUUAUGUAAAUUCAUAUUGAAUCAGCUCAAGGCUUUGUAUUGCCUAGGUUUACAAUUAUUUCAGCAUUAUACGAAUGUAAAUAAGAACGCAAAGUUGAGGUAAUGCUUUUUAGUCCAGUUUCAUAUUCUUGUCUAGGUCAAUUAGUUGUAAAGCGCAAUGAAAAAAGCAUGAAAAUAAAAAUGCUCGC